AUGAGGACGCUCAGAAGAUACGCGAUAGGUGUCUUUAUUCUGUGGAGUUUAAGCAGCGCUGUCGUUGGAAAUUCUCCCGAGAAUAUUUCGCUUCAAAUACAAUCCUUGACCAAGGCCUUAUUUACGGACUAUGAUCCAGCAAUUCGACCUUUCUACACAACAGGGGGACCUGUCGUGGACACGGUGCAGAUUUACAUUUUGUCCAUCGACUCUGUCAGUGAGGCUAACAUGGACUUCCAGAUGAGUAUGUUUUUCCGGCAGACGUGGAACGAUUCACGUCUGAUGCAUACAGCCGUAGAUGACAAAGGGUACUUAGAGCUGGACAGUCGUCAAGUGUCAUCAAUAUGGGUACCCGAUCUCUAUAUCAGGAACGAAAAGGUAGCCAACUUCCACCACGUCACAGUACCAAAUAGUCUGAUGUACCUUUACCCCGACGGAACAGUCUACUUCAGCAGAAGGAUAACUGGGACGUUUUCCUGCUUCAUGCGACUUCAUAAAUAUCCAUUGGAUGAACAAAUCUGUCGGUUUGAGGUGGAAAGUUAUGGACACAGUGCCGACUUUCUGUCCGUUAAGUGGCACGAUGUCCCGGUAAAGCGGACGGUCGGGCUGGUGUCGCCGCAGUUUGAGAUUGGGGAGGUGACAUCUUAUUCGUGUGACGAGGUGUAUAGUAAUGUCGUAUAUAGCUGUGUUGGUUUCAACAUCCAAUUGACUCGUAACUAUGGGUACUACUUGAUCCAGGUCUACAUCCCAACCAGCCUCAUUGUCAUGCUGUCUUGGGUGUCGUUUUGGUUAAACAUAGAUGCGAUUCCUGCCCGAAUUUCACUUGGCCUGCUCACCGUCCUCACCAUGACAACCAUGUCGUCGUCCGCUCGAUCAGAGCUUCCCCGAGUGUCCUACAUCAAAGCCAUAGAUGUGUGGAUGGCCAUUUGCCUUUUAUUUGUGUUUGCCGCUCUCAUACAAUUUGCGCAUGUAAACGUUUUAUCACGUGUCGAACGACGGAGACGUGCAUCUUGUGUUGACGUUAAAACGACAGACGAAAACGGUGAUUGUAAUGGAACAUUUACAAAACCAGAGACUCCUGGCCCAUCAGCAGAAGCGAGAGAGAAAGCGAGGACAGCAGAUAAGGUCGCUCGAAUUGCAUUUCCACUCACCUUCCUCGUGUUCAAUCUAGCAUAUUGGCCUGUGUAUAUUCUGUGGGAAAACAAGUGACAAUCAAACCCAGCAUUGUCUGCACAUCUUGCCGCCCUGACAUGCUCAGCACUCCAUCAUUUCUCUGUCGACCAGACUCGAAUGUUUAAUUGUUUGCGCUGUCGAUUUCAUUUAUGUGCGAAAUACAUAUUUAAGUGCUUUGGUCGCUGUAAGACCAUUUUAGGUUUGAACUGUGCGUCGUCGAUAGCGUUGGUAAGACAGAAUGAGAAUUGAUCUAAAGUAUCCGACAAAUAAUCAGUAGCCUAUCCAAAACAGUGGUUGCAUGAGAGAAUUUAGAUUUGAAGCAGCUGCACCAACACAGUUGUGUAAGCCCCAAGUAUGGUGAAAAGAACUUCGAUCAAUCAAUAGGACGCAGAGUCGACGUUUUAGCAAUUACUACUAGAAACCUUGAAAAGGUUUAAAGUUAAGUAUGUAUCUAUAACAAACAUACAUACAACAUAUGUAUUGACCUCAUCACGGAGUCAGCAGAUAAUGUAAGGAAUACCUAAGAUUCAUGAAAGAUGCGUUUUCAUUUUGAAAAGUGACGAAUAAUUGUUUUAAUUGGGUUCAUCCAUCCACUGAAUAAACAGCUUCUGCAUGUUCUAUCAAAUAAUAUUCAUAGUCAUGUUCUCUGUCUAGUAUAGGGUUUUACACCCUCUGUUUGUCCACCCUGUUUUGCCCCUAGCACCAUCGACGAGUCCUUGAAGGACGAAACAGCUGUAUAUGGCAGUGUUGUUCAUGUUUUCGCAUACUGUAUUUAUAACCAAAUUUAAAAGGAGCAAUCACCUGUUUGUGUGUGUUACGUUCAUAAGAUUCUGUAAUUUAUAUCACGGACUUUAUAGCAAUCUAAUUCCGUGCUAUUAUCAAUUAUUUAAUAUAAGCACCAGUUUUGUGAGUCUAUGAAUCCUUCCCCACGGUGUGUCACUCCUGGCGGGAUGUCAACGUUAACAUCAAGUAGGUAAUGGUAUAAUAUUUAUAGCCCAGCAUAUUGAUUGCUGUCACUUCGAAGAAUCUCUCAUAAUUAUAAAGUUCUUAUAACAUAUUAAUGAUUAAUUAUUUUUCUUAUACAAUAUUAUUUAUUUUCACUUCUUAAACAUGAACAGCUUUGUCGUUGAUUUCCAUUUCUUCCUCUAGUUGAUUUAUGAUAACUUAUUAAAACUGUAAUACAAUAGACCGAUAACUAGACUAUUGAUGAUAAAAAUACGAACCAUCUUAUAACAAUUGAUAUCAAUAGAGAGCAGCACUUUGGACAUAACUCACGAUUUGGGAAACAGCUUGCAUUGAUUGGCUGUUGAACUGUUGAUAUUGCUCUAGGACUAUCCAUCUUGUAGCAACAAGAUUAGUCAUGAAUUACAUAGAGAUAACAACGAGAGUGUGAACUCCCCGAAACAGACAGGGGUUACAGUCUCUCUGUCAAUCAAUGCACAGUGUUACACAAAUCGUAAGAUUUGUCUUCAAUGUACUUUUGACCAAGGUGCUGCUCUCUAUUGAUACCCACUAUCUUACAUGUUAUAAGAUGUAUCCAAUCUCCGUCAUUAAUUGCCUAAUUAUCGGCCUAUAUUGUUACUUAUGUCUAAGUAUGUACUGUUAAUGAUAAUAACAUGGUUUUAGUGAAGUAAAGUUAAUGAAAUAUAAUGUGUUGGUGAAUUAAGACCA